UUGUGAUCUGACGUGCUGAUGUUACGGGGUGGGGGUGCUGGCAAAAUAUUACAGUUGUUUAGUAGGUGGUGUGACAAGAGUGUGAGCCAAAAAAACUCAGCCUUGUUUGGAACACAGACUAACCCUAAGGGACUGGGUGUCUCGGCAGCUUGUAGCAUUGGAUUACACGCACAGACAGACACUCGCAGACAAGGGAUCUGGAACUGACACAGUCCGCUCAGAUGGGGGAAAUGACUUCCUAGGCAAUAAAGGUCUUUACAUGAGAACAUGGCCAAUGGAGAUGAUGAUCUGAUUGGCAUCCCAUUCCCAAACCACAGCAGUGAUGUUCUGUGUGGGCUUAAUGAACAAAGACACGAUGGUCUACUCUGUGAUGUAAUACUUGUCGUGCAGGAUCAAGAAUACAGGACACACAAGUCUGUUCUUGCAGCCUGCAGUAAAUAUUUCAAAAAGCUUUUUACCACUGGCUCAUUAGUAGACCAGCCUUACAUUUAUGAGAUUGAUUUUGUCAAGCCAGAGGCUUUCUCCGCAAUACUGGAAUUUGCCUACACCUCAACACUAACCAUUACCACCUCAAAUGUAAAAUACAUCCUGGACGCAGCUGAGAUGCUGGAGAUACAAUGUAUUAUCAAUGUAUGCCUGGAAAUCCUGGAAACUCCAAGAGAUGUGGAAGAGGAUGAAAAAGAGGAAGAAGAAGAUGAUGACGAUGAUGAAGAGGAUGAGGCAAAAGCAUUUAUGAGCCAAGAAAACCAAAUGGACAUUAAGAAAACCAGCUGUCACCAAAGCCCUCCAAAAUCAGAUGAUAAUGAAAGUACAUAUCAUGAAACACAGAAAGACUUUCCAACACACUGCUUAUCCACCGGCAAUUCAUCUGGCCACCAAAGUGCCAUAAAAGACUUCUCAAUCGAGUCACUAUUAAGUGAAAAUGUUUACCCCAAGAAUAACACUGUAGACAGAAGGCCAACAAUUUCUCAUUUUGUUCCUAAUUUCUUUCCUCAUAUUUGGAAUGGAGAUCUGGGAGCUUUCUCACAACUUCAAGACCAGCAAGCAGACAGUGGACCUCUAGAUCUUGUGAUAAAGAAUAGAAAAAUCAAAGAGGAACAUGAUGAGUUGCCCUCAAUCCCUUUCCCGAAUGAUUUUUUCAAAGAAAUGUUUCUCGACCAUACAUCCAACCACUUUGGACCAAUUAAGGCAGAAAUGGACUACAGUGCUUAUCUUAGUUUUCUAAGCGCAGCUCAUUUGGGUAUGCUUCCACCUUGGCCUUUAGAAGAAGAACGAAAAAUAAAGCCUAAGGCUUCUCAGCAAUGUCCCAUCUGCCAUAAAGUAAUCAUGGGGGCUGGGAAACUUCCACGACACAUGAGAACCCACACAGGAGAAAAGCCAUAUAUGUGCAACAUCUGUGAAGUCCGCUUUACCAGGCAGGACAAGCUGAAGAUUCACAUGCGGAAACACACAGGAGAGAGGCCAUACUUGUGCAUCCACUGCAAUGCUAAAUUUGUUCACAAUUAUGAUCUUAAGAACCACAUGCGCAUUCACACAGGUGUCCGCCCGUACCAGUGCGAAUUUUGUUACAAGAGUUUCACUCGCUCUGAUCACCUUCAUCGGCACAUUAAGAGACAGAGUUGUCGGAUUUCCCGGCCUAGGAGAGGCAGAAAGCCUGCUGCUUGGAGGACAGCCAGUAUGCUGUUUUCACACAACAGCCAUCAAGAGGAGGACAGUUUUAUGAUGUCCACUGACCGAAGCAGCCAUCGUUCUGGAGGAGCAAUAUUUCUCCCGGGACCUAAUCAAAAUAAUUUUAUGGAAGAGUCUAGGAGUGUAAUAAACUUUCAAGACUUGGAAAAACAAUUUGAAGAGACUCAAAUCAAGUUGCUGGAAAGGGCGCACUUGGAAUCCGAGAGGAAUGGAGGACAUUUUAAUUUUGCUUUGGCCCAUAAUGAGAAUAACUCUCCUAAUCCAUUCUACGCUGGUUCAAACCCUUGGGAUACACCUUUGAAUCGUACAUCAAUUUCCGACACAAACAACUAAAUCAUUUGCCUAAGAAAAACAGACUGUUUAAAAUUGUUCUUCAAUUGUAGAUUCGCCUUUUCCAUACAAAAGCUAAAAAAUAUAAAAACUAGCUGUUGCAGAUGCAUUCCAAAGAAACAAGGAAGUUAUGUCCUAGUUCAAUUCACAUAUGCAUGUAUAAUUUUAGUGGUAAUCCACAUUUACGUUUUUAAUUAAGAAAGACCUGGGGUUGUAGCGAUGAUACUCUGGAAUUUAAUAAUUUAAUUUAUUUUAAAUUUAAAACUGACAAAAAGGAUUUUAUUACUUUCCUGGUUUGUAGUUAUCGAAAUAUAACGAAGCAGUUGAUGUACUGGGCAGAUCCCUUGUGGGUUAGGUAUAACAUUCUAAAAAUGGACUAAUCAGCUUGAACCUUGGAAUGGUUUCUAUGGCGAUUGCUCCAAUUUUAGUACUUUGUAAACCUACAUCCCUCUAGACCGAUCCUACAGUCUACGGAUCCUUUCAAAUGGUACUUGCAAAACACGACCGAGCCAAGAUCUGGUUUCUUUUCUACUUUAAUGUUUUAUUACUUGAAUGCUCCAAUUGGCACCUACAAAUGGAAGGGUUAUUUUUAGCUGUAAAAUAUUUCACAUGAGAAAAAAAAAAACAUUUUGAAACAUUCCCUGAUCCGCAAGAUGGACAAUUUCCUGUAAACCAGGAAACCGUGACUGGUCGAAAGGUAUUUCCUGGUAAAAUACUGGAGUAAACUAAUAUUCUCAGCCAGCAUGUAGAGUACAAUAUAGUAACAGCUUUUGCAGGUUAAGAGCUGUGUAAAGG